AUGUGGCUUCUUGGAUCAACUUCCCAAGUGAUGAUGAUGGAUGAGCGCUUGUCUCCCUCCGCUCGCUCCGUCCAGAGCCCUGGGGAAAACCCGUCUACCAUCCACAGCAUAGAGGCGAUACUGGGAUUUAAAGAGGACACCAUUUUCCACAAAUCAUCAGCAUCCUACAGCAUGACAGAAAAAGUGCUGGUCAAAGAUGCUGAGCGGAAUGUAAUUGUGACCCCAAUGAAGAAAAGUCAUUCCUCAGAAAGUUUUGACAGUGUGUGUUGCGCCAGCAGCGCCGCAGAAGCGUCGGUCUGCCCGGACUCACCGGACAGAGACGGCAAACUGUCCGAUGAUGAAAACCCCAAGAAGAAGCACCGUCGGAACCGGACAACUUUCACCACCUUCCAGCUUCACGAGCUGGAGAGAGCUUUCGAAAAGUCCCAUUACCCGGACGUGUACAGCAGGGAGGAGCUGGCGCUGAAGGUCAACCUGCCGGAGGUCCGAGUGCAGGUGUGGUUCCAAAACCGGCGGGCCAAGUGGCGUCGGCAGGAGAAGCUGGAGGUGAGUUCCAUCAAGCUCCAGGACACCUCCUCCUCUUCCUUGCUCUCCUUCCGCCGCUCUCCCACCAGCUCCUUGGGCUCCAGUCUGCAGCUAGACCCCUGGCUCUCCACCCCGAUCACCACCUCCACCUCCCUGCAGUCACUCCCGGGCUUCAUCACAGGCUCGCAGGGCCUCCCAGGCACUUACACCCCUUCUCCUCCCCCUUCCAUGCCCUCUUCCUUGCCGGCCUCCUUCCUCAACUCCCAGGCCCUGGGACACAGCCCUCACUUGCCCCACAUGGGCUCCAUGUGCCCCCCACCGCCAGUGUACCAGUGCUCAGCUGAUCCAAGGAACUCCAGUAUUGCCUCACUGAGGAUGAAGGCCAAGGAACAUAUUCAGUCUAUUGGAAAGACGUGGUGA